GCUUGAGGAGUCAUUCUCACGAGUUCCUUGUUUACAGUACAGAUCAGCUGUUAGGGGUUUCUUUCUUCUUCAGCCGAUUUAAUUGAAAAGAUGUCACCAGAAUGGACACAAAUCUUUCAGAUUAAAGCAGAAGCUCUUAAGCAAGGAGACUCCUGGGAAUUACAAUAUGAUGAAAAUAUUGAGCCUAAUAAGCCAAACUUGGACUGGAAGGAGUACAUCAGGAACACAAGUGCAAGUUUCAAAUGUUCCAUGUGUCGAAGAAAGUGGCCUUCCAACAAGGUGAAAGUGCUCUUCCACAUGUGCCUGAGAAAUGGGCAGGGCACUGUCAAAGUGAGGCCCUUACGUCAGAACUGCAAGAAGUGCCCAAAUGCUCCAAUGGAGAAUCCCAGCGUGGAAUCUGAGAACAUAAACACCCUCAUGGAAAAACUGGUGGAGAAAAUAAAACAAAAGUGCUACCAUGAAAACCUUGAGGAAAGCUACCGACCUUUCAGACUCUAUGAAGUCAAAAGUCCCCAUGAGCCUGAACACUGUGAGGGGUGCAUAAAAGGAGUGUGUACAAACAAUCUGUAGUUUUAAAUCUAUUUACUUAUAUUAUCAAUAUCUGAUUCGGGGGCUUUAAUUAUGCUGUUUGCCUCAAAUAAUGGUAAUGUUAGUGCUCAGUCAUUACUUCAAAGCUGAAGGGUAUACAAUUCACAAAUUCUGCACAAGCAAAACAUGAAGUCCAUUUGUGAUUAGACAUGUGAAAACUUACUGUUUACAAACAAAAUGCACAUAAGUCAAAAUUGUCUACUAUCAGUAAAUGUAGCAUAAUGUUUACAGGAGUCACUAUGUCAAAAUGAUUUGUAAAUAAAAUUAAAAAAAACAUAGUGGUGAUGUUGCAAUAAGAAUUUGGGAAUUUAUGAUAUUGUUUCUUCUGUUGAAUGCAUUGUUGUUGAGGUGGAUAGCAGUUUAUUUAUUUAUUUGUCUUCUGUUUAAUGAAGUAAGCUAAAUGACAUGAAAGAUCAUAUACAACUGUAUAUUAUUAUUAUUAUUAAGAUUUAUAUUUUUCUUUGUCCCCUGUUGGUCUGAAGUGUUCUAUAUAACGAGCAACUGAAAUGAAACAAGUGCAUCUUUGUGCCUCUUUGCUAACAACCUCUGUGGUUUAAAGUAAGAAUAAAAAUUGCAAAAAGAUGCAGAUUUUGCACAUAUAAUGACACUAUUUAGCAAGCAUAAAUUAAAAAUGAAUUAAAACUUUUGAAAUCGCUGUUGAAAA